UUCAGUUAGUGAAGAUCAAUGCAAAUGUGUAUAGUGUUGUUUGACUACGAGAGUGUCUGUAUGUAUCUCUAGCGUCAUAUAGGGUAGAUCUAUUGUCUUGGAAACUGCUCUGUACCUCUUGGUAACAGUUUGCAGAAAACUUUCUCUUCAUGAACAGAAUUCCGGUCAAGAAUCCUAAUCAAGAAGCCAUUGCUGAUCAACCUAACAGACUAAUACCAAAUCUGAAAACCAAGAUGCCCCUCAAUCGCCAAGAUGCUGAGAGGGCCCUAAAUUUGCUAUGGGAGCUGCUCUCUGAGGCUAGCAGCUCUGAACCUGAAUCUACUCCAGUUUUUAAUCAAGCCAUUUCAAGCCUACAUCUCUUCCUCUCUGACAUCCUGCCUGCUAGCCAACCUUGCAUACGAGCAAAAGUCAAGGGAGGUAUUGUUGAGAUUCGGCCUCGAGAGAACACUCCGGUCCGAAUGGUGGAUCUGGAGGUUGCCCCUGGUGAUAAGGUGGGGAUCGUACUCGAUUCAAUCAACGUGGACCUCAUGAGCUUGGGUGGAGUCAGCCCAAUUGUCAUCAGCCUUGUGAGUGCUGGGAGUGUGGCAGCUCGGGACGGGAGACUCGGACGAGGUGACCAAAUACUUGAGAUCAACGGACACUCACUGAGAAUGGCCUCUCUUGAGAGAGCAAGAUGGCUACUGGAGUCUGCUGCUCGUAAAGGCACUAUAUCCAUGGCUACUCUCCCCUAUGCUCUCCUGGAUGGACUCAAACACUCCAUCUCUCGACAAAAUCUUCUCACUCUCACACCCACCAACAAAUACAAGCGCUCUAGGAGCCUUGAGACCAUCAACAAGAUACACAGGAAUCACCAAACCAGUUCUGCAUCCUCACGCCCAGAGGUGAAGAGAUCCAAGACAGAUGUGGCGACUCGAUUUCACCGAGCAGAGUUGGACGAGCGAUAUACACCGUCCAUCGGCAGUAGGUCGUCCAAACGCAGUGUCGUGUCCAGUACUGUGGAAGUGGCUGCUCAUUUGGCAAGAAGUAGCAUAAUAUCAUCCAAAAUUGCAGGAUUUGGAGCAUUCAAGAAACGUAAGGUUCGAAAGAUGCAUGUUGUCAAAUGCAACAAUGGACUUGGCAUCAGGAUUGUGGGCGGCAAAGGGUCAAAACACGGAGACAUGGGCAUCUUUGUCAACCAGAUGGAGGAAGGAGGGGCUGCAAACAAAGACAGCAGACUGAAGCCUGGAGAUGAGCUUCUAAUGGUGGAUGGCAAGAGCCUUGUGGGUCUCACUCAUGCAGAGGCAGUGGAGGUUCUCAAGUCCACCCAGCGGCUGGUCCAACUGGUUGUGGCUACGGAGGAUGAUGGAGAGAGUAUGGCUUCAUCCGUGCAGUCCAUCCCUGAGUUGAUGGGUGGGCAGAGGAGGAAGAGUCGUACCGCUCAAGAGAUUGCCCCCGAGAUUAUCAGCUCUCCAAACAGAGCUGCCUUUGAGAUGGCUAUGCUCAGGAGGGAAGAAAGUGAUCCUCAGCCUCUCAUUGCCGAGACAGAGUUCACAAAGGUCACAGUGAAGAAAAAAGAACCUCCAAUGAUUCAGAACAACAAAACUAUUACCAAGUCGAACAAGUCAGCCAUUUUUGAACCUCCGAUAAAGACUAUUGUGUACAUCAAGACUGGGGGCACAUCUCUGGGCUUCAGCUUGUGUGGAGGACGUGGCAGUCGCGGUGGGGACAUGGGGAUCCUAGUGCGAAAUAUUGAUCCAAACGGAUUGGCCGGCCAAGAUGGGAGGCUGAAAAAAGGAGAUGAGAUUUUGGAAGUGAACAGCCAACGACUGAAAGGAUGCACACACAAAGAGGCUGCCAGUGUUAUUCGAGGUUUGAAGUCAGAGGUCAUCACCAUAGUAGUUCUAUGCAGAGCCCAUGUGAAGCGAUCAUCGUCUGUACGUGGUACAGAGUUGGAGGUGGCGCUCAACAAGUUACCAGGACAACCACUUGGGAUACAGCUGACAGAGGUACUGGAAGGAGACAGGAGUGGCGUGUUUGUCAAGAAAAUGGCCCCUGAAUCAGUGGCAGAGAAAUCUGGACAGCUAGUUCUAUAUGACCAGAUAGUGACUAUUAAUGGUGGCUCAGUACUGGGGCUCAAGACGAGUGAAGUGAAGGGGAUUUUGGCAUCUGCUCCGACCGGGGAAUUACGAGUGGGUGUGGUCAGGCCACGGAACACAGCCGCUGUAAAGAAAAUCAUAACAGAGCAGCUAGAACAGCAGCUCAAGACAACAGAAAGCAGCUCCCCUGUCAAGAGUGGUGAUGCCACACCCAUCCCAGCUGUUAGUGUGCUGUUUGAUAGAGAAGACUCACUGAGUGGCUCUGAACUAGAUGAUGAGGAACACAUGGAGGCCUACGUAGCUCGAUCAAAAUUCUCAGUCCAAAAACUCACUCUGGAAGACCCCCCACAGCAGGGCAGCAGACAUUUCAGGGCCUCGCGUAACCAGAGCAACGGAUUGUCUCCACCCUCACACUCCUCACCAGCUGUAAUGCUCACACCCCCUCUCGGCUUCACACUGUUGGAACUUACACUAAGAAAGCGACCCAAAACUGGCCUGGGGAUUACCAUCGUGGGUAGUACCUCACCCACUAAAGAUCUGUUCAUGGUACGUCGUGUUAAUACAGGAGGUGUGGCUUCGAAAGACGCUCGAUUGAAAUCUGGCGAUCGAUUAGUCAGCGUCAAUGGCGUGCUUCUCAAAGGACUUGGCCACGCUGCCGUACUCCAGAGUAUGAACGAUUCGCCUAAAGACUGUCACCUUGUAAUUUGGCGAGAUCCUAACUACUCAACCGACUCUCUCCUCGCGUUCUCAAGUCACAGUGGAAGCCGUGCAAGUUUGGCAUCGACAGAAGAAGAACUAAAGAAAGUAGACGGCAAACGUAAGCUGUCAAAUCGCGAACACUCCCCCUUGGGCACUUUGAAGAGAUUCUCCCUAGACAUCAAAUCCUCCCCGUCCUUUAGUCGCCAUAGCCUCGUUAGAGAAGAGUCACCCCUCCGGUUAAAACGCUGGUCGACAACCGAAGGCGUACAAGUGGACAUUGACACCACCUCUCUAGACAAAUACUUUCCCCUAGAAGGACCUGAAAAGAGCGAUCAGACGUCUGGCUCUGUCACACCCACACCCACGCCACCAGAGGCACUCCCCCCAUCCUUACCUGACACCCCACUACCAUCACCUGUUGACCAACUAGAGGAACCAGACACACCUCCUUCAUCAUUGCUGCCAACGGAUUUCCCCCUCCUAUCAGUCUCACCAUCUGAGAAUACACCACAAUUGCCAACAUCUUUUCCUCCAGAAAUGGCCGAAGAGGAAACAUAUUUUCCUCCUGAGGAUGAGCCACAGUUGCCGUCUUCAUUUCCUCCAGAAGAAGAUGAAUCGAAACAAGUUUCAUUCCCGCCAGAGGUUGUAUCUGAUAAACCGCUGUUGCCCUCCUCCCUACCUCCAUUGGAAGAGCAACCUGUGGCACCGACUUCUACACUACCACCUGAAGAUGCGUACGAGCCUGAGCUACCAUCCACGCUGCCACCAGAAGAUGAAGACACUCCGAAUGUGCCACUUUCUGUUCCACCCAAAAUGACAGAGGAGGAGCCUACUCCCCCAUUCUCACUACCCCCAGAGGAGGAGCCCACUCCCCCAUUCUCACAACCCCCAGAGGAGGAGCCCACUCCCCCAUUCUCACCCCCAGAGGACGAGCCUACUCCCCCAUUCUCACUACCCCCAGAGGACGAGCCUACUCCCCCAUUCUCACUACCCCCAGAGGACGAGCCUACUCCCCCAUUCUCACUACCCCCAGAAGACGAGCCUACACUUCCUGACACCCCUCCUCCAGAAAUACCGGUAACAGAUGACUCGCCACCACCCUCACCUGAGGCUACAACAGUUAUUGAAAACGUCCAAUCAGAAUCAGCCCCACUGAUACCACAGGGAGUGAGACAAGAAGUUGGGCCGUUUGAGAUUUGCCUGUACAAAAGCAUGUUUGGACUGGGAGUGCAGCUGCUCUCAGACGAGAUGGGAAUGGUUUCUGUAAAGAAGGUCGCCACUUGGAGUGCCAUGGCCAAAGAUGGAAACAUUAGAGUUGGCGAUCACAUUCUCUCUGUGAAUGACGUGUCUUUCAUUGGCAAACCACUAUCCGAUUGCGAAUCAUUUAUAAAAGGACUACCAAAAGGACAAGUGAAAUUCGUUGCCAUGGGCCCCCCUAAAGACGUCACUAGAGGUGGCAUAAAACCAGAGCCGUCAGUGUACACAGGUGUCUCAAGCUCUACAUCGGGCAGACAAAUUGUUGCAGAAGAAGGUGUGGUCAAAGCCGAACUUUAUUGCUACGACAACAAGCCCCUCGGUAUUGAAAUCGAAGGGGGGAUGGAUACCCCCCUGCAAUACGUGUACAUAAGUCACAUGAUCCCCGGGUACGCUGCGUUUGAAUCAGGCGUAUUCAGAAAAGGCGACCAGCUGGUGAUGGUAGGAGAAGAGUGUAUCAUUGGGCUCACUCAUAACGAAGCUCUCGAUGUUUUGAAGAAUGCAAAAGAAGAGGUUGAAAUUGUUGCCCAGAGGAAAGAAUCUCCCAAACAGACACGCAAGCCACCGCCACCCCUAGUAACCAACUCGGAGGAAAAUAAGACCAUAACAGAGGUGGUUGAAACGACAGAAAAGUCACCACAGCAAAACCAAGAGCCAAGUGCACCGACGUCCCCCAUUCCCAUUAUAACAAACUCUGAUACCAAUUCCGCACCUAUUUCUCUAACUGAGCUGUCUUCAAUGCCUGAACUACAGGCAGGUUCCGAUUCCAGUAUGGAUACAGAACCAGCAGCUCCACUUCGAACGAAACGAGUAACAAUUAAGCAAUUGAGUACAGAUCUAGAAAAGGACUCCACCUUGCAAAUACAACAAACACAGUUUAACCAACAUACUAAAGAUUUAAAGAGCCAGGAAGAAGCGUCGGGCGGUCUGAACAUUGUACCCGAAGAAACAUUCACUAUUGAGCUACAUCGAGCAGCCAAUGAGAAAUUGGGACUAGGAAUAACUGGAGGCGUUGAUAAUCCUCGCCUGCAAGAGAUCCACGUGAAACAGGUUGUAAAGGACUGCGUGGCCCAAAAAGACGGUCGACUGAAGAGAGGGGAUCGAAUAGUCUCUGUAAAUGGGCACAGUCUAGCCGGAGCUACAAACAAAGAUGCUCUAAAGAUACUCAAAGAAACUGGACUAGACGUCACACUCGUUGUUGCUAGGAAAAUCGGGCGUCGUACAAGUGCAAUGACCUCUCCCUACGUCUCCAACAUCCACUCGAGGAGGGGAUCCGGCGAACACUCGCAACAUAGUAGCAACGCCGGCAGCAAGCAAACCUCUCCUCACACACGCCGCCGAAAACUGAGCUCAGGAGAAAACUCAAGAGGAGGUAGCAAAGGAUCCUCCCCAAAGAUGAGUGUACGCAGACAUAGUCGAAAAGUAUCUAGUGGAGGAGACAGAAAGACUCUUCCACGGCAACUCUCGUCCACCAUUGGAGUGAAGUUGGUUGAGCUACAGAAAGGGCCGACUGGCGUUGGUAUGCAGCUGCAGGGUGGGAAGGAGGGUACUGACGUACCAGUGACCAUCAAGUCCGUGUUCCCUGGCGGAGCAGCUUACAAGAGUGGAAAGAUUCGACCCGGAGACGUGAUUCUAGAGGCCAACGGGAUUUCAUUUGAACAAUUAUCACAUGAACAGGCCAUAGCAACUGUUAAGAGCUUCCCUCAGGGCAAAGUGACACUUAUUUUACGAGAUAGAAGUGCAGCACAUUGAUUAGUACUGUUUUAUAGACUGCAUUGUUAUUAUUAUUAAUUUUUGUGAAAAUCCAUUUUAAAAACAUUCAAAAA